AUGGAGUCCAGCAACCCAUCGCGACAGCACAAGAUCUUUGAGGGAGAUCUGCCCGCUUUCCUAUCGCGGAUCACGCUGGAUUCCUAUGGUGCUUACAGGCGUACCGGUCAAAUCGAUCAUGUCGUCACGGCAGUCCUCAGUGCCCAGCAGGCCGUCGCCAAUACCGCAAAUAAUGAUUCAAAUUGUGUAGGCAGAUUAAGCAACCUGGCAAUCAUGCUGGAAAGCCGAUAUCAGCGGACCGCGGUCAUAAGCGAUCUUAGAGAAGCCGUUAGUGCGGCUCAGCAGUCAGCCCUGAUCACGCCAGGGGACCACCCAGACCGUGCAGGCAGGUUGAGCAACCUAGCGAAUUACCUCGAGGACUAUUAUAAGCGGAGUGGAAUGGCAGUCGCAGCUACGCCAAUUCAACAUCCGAACCGCGCUGGCAGGCUGAACAACUUGGGGAUGGUGCUCGAGACUCGGUUCGAGCGAACCAAAGUGAUAGAUGAUCUCGAGGAAGCCAUCAAUGUGGGUCGACAAGCAGUCGCUGCCACGUCUAGUAAUCGCCUGCCUCAUAUCACCUGCUUGACUAACCUAGCCAGAAGGCUCUAUUGUCUAUAUACACAUACUGGGGCGCUGCGCAACCUUGAGGUAGCGGCAGAUUUGGCUAAGAGUGCGGCCGCGGCUACACCUGAUGACCAUCCGGACCGUGUGGGUUGCUUGAACCACCUGGGAAACAUUCUCGAGAGUUGGUAUAAAGCUACCGGUUCGAUGAAGCACCUCGAGGAAGCCAUCAAUAUAGCCCAGCAGGCCGUUGUAGUUGCGUCAGGCAAUGACUCGGACCGAAUAGCAUGUCUUAUCAACCUGGGAAACAAACUUGUUCUUCGAUACGAGAAAAACGAUGCUCUACGCGAUCUUGACGAAGCGAUUGACAUGGCCCAACAAGCAGUCGCAGUGACAUGUAAAGACCACCCAGACUACACAAACUACCUAAAUAAUCUAGCAAGCAGACUAAGCCGUCGUUUCAACCGGACCGGAGAGGUGACUGAUAGCGAAAGAGCAAUCCAUUCAGCUCGAAAACUACUUGAGGCAGUUCCCCAAGGCCAUCCAGACCACGCGGGUUGGUUGAGCAACCUAGGGAUAAUGCUCGAAAGCCGAUAUAGGCAACUGGGGGUAAUGGACGACCUGGAGGAGGCGAUUAGCGUAACACGGCAAGCUGUUGCAAAUACGCUUGCCAAUCACCUCUUUUAUGCAAGCUAUUUGAAUAAUUUAUCAAACAAGCUUGAGCGUCGUUAUGAGCGCACGGGGGAGAUGAAUGACCUCCAGGAAGCGAUUGACCUGGCUCGGCGCGCAAUUGAAGCCAUACCCAAAGAUCAUCCAGACCGACCGGGUUACUUAAACAACCGGGGACUCAAGCUCGAGAGACGGCACGAACAAACCAAGUCGCCCGACGACCUCAAGGAGGCCUGCGACUCCUUCAUCGAGGCUUGGGAGACUCCCUCGGCUAUCCCGUUUCAUCGCAUCAGGUCAGCUACUCACUGCAUCAGGCUACUCGUCCUCCAAGGCAAAGCAAAGGCCGCCGCCGAGAUUGGCACAGGAGCCAUUGGCCUGCUCCCUUUGGUCAACACGAAACUCCUUAACCGCACCGAUCAGCAGUAUGUUGUGUCGACUUUUGCAGGUAUAGCCGCGAACACGUGCGCGCUAUUACUAGUAAUGGGCAAGGUCAAGGAUGCUCUGCUCCAUCUUGAGCUAGGCCGGGCUGUCAUUCUGGGCCAGCUGAUGGAUGGCCGGAGUGAUAUAGCUGGUUGGGCGACGAAAAAACCCAAACUCGCUCGACGAUAUGAGAAGCUCAGAAACAAAGUCAACUCCCCAAUACGUAUCCAAGAACAGGGAAUAGCAGGGGAUCGAGCACAGCAAGAGCGCAUCCAGUCCAUCUCUGAUCUAAACGACUGCAUAAACAAGGUUAGAAAGAUUCCAGGCUGUGAGCGCUUCUUGCGCUGCCAGACAACAAAACAAAUGAAGGAGUGCGCUAAGGGAGGUAGCAUCGUGAUCAUUAACAUUACAGAAUUACGCAGCGAUGCUAUUAUUGUCUCGCCUACUGCCAUCAAGAGAAUUCAUCUCCCGGACCUAUCAGCAGAUGAGGCGACGACGUGGCUCAACAUAUCUUGGACUGGUCGUAGGGCAGAACGGGCAAGGAAAAAUAAAGAAUACGCCAUUUAUCUAUCCUGGCUCUGGAAGGCCUGCGUCAAAGUGGUUCUGGAUGGUCUGCGUACUCUGCACGAGCCUACGGUAUGCGCGCCCUUCAGAGUGUGGUGGAUCGGGAGUGGACUCGCCAGCUCAAUGCCUUUCCAUGCAGCAGGUAUCCAUGAUCCCGGCUCGACAGAGACUGCGUACCACCAGACAAUCUCGUCAUAUACGCCCUCCAUCAAGGCUCUCGCCCAUGCCCAGUGGAAGGAACAGGGCUGCGAGUCGUCAAGCGACGCCCUGCUCGCAGUGACGAUGCCGACAAUACCCCCUUUCGAUGGCAAGGCACCACCAAGUUUGCCUGGCGUCAGCGAAGAAAUGGAAAAUGUUAUUGAGCUGAGCAAGGGGCAUAUGCCAGGAGAGGGCAUGGUGCAACCCAGCGUCGGCCAGGUGUUGUCCCAUCUUAAGGGAUGCUCAGUUGCUCACUUUGCUUGCCACGGAACGACAGAUCCUUUGGACCCGUCAAAGAGUGGCCUCAUAUUGCAGCGGCAAGAACAGGUUUCCACCGCCGAUGACGAGCAGGAUGGAUGCCGCGAAACUGCUGGGCUCAUCCAAGACAGACUCACCGUCAAAAUGAUCUCGGGAAUGGAUCUGAAGCAUGCCAAGCUCGCCUAUCUAUCCGCGUGCUCAACAGCACAGAACAAGGUAGAGAACCUGUCAGACGAGGUGAUUCACGUGCCCAAGUGGAACGAUGGGAAGGUUGCGUGGGCUCUUAGAGAGGCGUUGAUGGCCGUCCGGGCCGAUGACAUGACAAUGCCCCUCAAUUGGGCGCAGUACGUCCAUUACGGAUUCUAG